CUUCUGUUUUUCUUCACAGCUAAUUGUAUUCUCUUCCUCUCUUCCCCUGUUCUUCUCUUCUCUUCACCUUCUUCACCAAAAAUCUUAACAAAAUCCGAACUUCGUUAAGACCCAGUUCUUUUCAGCUUGCCUGGUUACCAAACACCGUGCCAGCACCCACCUCCAGUUUUUAAAGAAGAAAGUUUCAGCUCUCUCCUCUGUUGGGUUUUCCCUUCAAGGUGGGGGAUGAUAACGAAUUGCCCCAUUCGGUACGCAAUUCUUCACGCUGCGUAGACUUUACUCCCACCUUCCCCAGCUUUCUUUUCCCCUCGUUUUCUCCGGAAAAAUUCAAUGAAUACACCAGAAAAUCCAAAGUUGAAUUUGACAUAUUCUGUGGAGUCCUGUAGCCCAGAAGAGACGAUGACUACUAAUUCACAAAAACUUUCAGCUUCGGAUCAUAAAUCUGAUACUUUUGUUAUUGACAUGGAAAGCUUCUCUCAUAGACCCAACAAGGAUAUCAAUCAAAAUUCAAGAAUUACAUUGCAGAGAAGUCUUUCUCGAAAAGGGUCUCAGAGGGUCGAGAAGAAGAUUAAUAAUUCUAACUCCACAGCUAGUGACAGAGAUUCUUUUGUUGCUUCUUCCCCCAGAGGUUCUAGCACGCCUGAAAAGCCGGUGGGGGCGGCUGUAGGGACCACUAUUGAUCACGGCGGCAGCAAAAUCAACCCACCAAUUCAUCAUCAUCAGAUAACCCUCACGUCUGGCAGCAUCACCAGUACGGCCUCUGAGAGCAGAUUCCCAUUUAGGAGAAAUAGUUUCAAGCGCUCUGCUCCACCAUGGCUUGACCCCAAGAGGGUCCUACUCAUCUUCGCCACAUUAUCGAGCAUGGGAACAAUUUUGCUGAUAUACUUCACCCUGUCAAUAAGCAAGAUGAAUGGAGAUGAUAAUUCUCUUGAUUAGGAACAAAAGAAAUUAUCUUUGCGGAAGACAAAAAAUGAGACAUAUGAAGUUUGAAACUGGUGUAAGUAGUUCAUAGUGGGGGGUCCUUUUUACUUGAAUUGUCUUCUUUUUGAUGGGGUAAUGCGGCCAAUUGAGGAUACAAACGAAAGAGAAGACAAAUUUGGAAGGGCAAAAGCAAACAAACCUCCCACCAAUAUGGCUUCAGAUUAAGCAGUUCUCUCAAAACUUUUUUGAGGGAUUGUUGAGAUGGAGACAAUGACCUAAUGCACAAUAACAGAGAUGGAAUCCUCAUUUUUUUUUAAUAUAUGUCAAAGAGAUCAAAGAAGAUGAUGAUGUCUCACCUUUUCUGUUUUGUUGUGAGUGUCCACACAGCUCAAUGGGGGUUCAGAAAGUUACUUUUGCUUCUCUGCUUCCUUUUUCCUUCUCCGUACCAUCUUCGAUUUUUGUUCUUUUUGGGUUUCAUGUGAGUGAGCGAGGAAGAAGCACAACUAUGAGAUUCGCAGGCAUUAAAGUAUUCUGUAUGUGAAGAAAUAAGCAGGCGCACCUUGAAGCUUUUCCCUUUCCCUAGAAAAAGCUUGAGUAAAGGAAUGAGUGGGAUGCCAUGUUCUAUUCAAAAAGUUCUUAGGCUUAUCAUGUACAGAGAUGAAAAAAACAAACGGUCUAAUAUUGU